AUGAAGCUCCGUGCAACUCCUCAGUCUUCUUUGGCGAUGCCUGCAUUUGCCCGCAUCCGCCGGUGCGUUGCGUCGGCGUCCGCGGCCGUCGCUGUCGCCGCAGUCCCGGUGCAUGCGGCGGACGCGGUAGAUAAGAUGAACGGCGUUGGUAUGCCGCUUCUUUUUUUGGCGAUGCUGCUUUGCAUUUUGCUGACGACGCGCAAGCGUUUGACUGCUGCUUUUAUCGCUUCAGACGCUGAUAGGGCAAUGCGCAUCUGUUUCUAUGCGGCCCUUGCGAACAUGGCGCUCUCGGUGUUCCUCUUCUUCACCACCGCGUUCAAUUACGGCCUCGUCUCCACAGUGCUGGCCUACUGCGUGGCCUUUUUGACGUCUGCUGGGUCUUUGGAAUCGCACGCCAAGUGGUUUCUGUCGGUGUAUAUGAUGUGGUUUUUCUUCGUUUUAGGAUUUCCCACAGGAUGGGGUGCAGGCAUCAUCAGAGCCACAAACAGCGGCGAUUGUGUGGCAUUCUACGGCACGUACGCCUCAACGAUGUGUGUUGAUGGCUGGCUGACCUUUGUGAAGGUUGUCGCCUGUCUCCUUAUAAGUUUGACGAUGCUUUCCUUACUGCUGCUUAUUGCGUCUGUGGCGGGCAUUGGAGGUGAAUUACUUAGAGCUGCUGCGAGUGAUGGGGAUAAUGUGCGAAGCGCUUUGGAUGUGGAUUUUAUGAGGGAGCAGGCCCGACCAACUGUCUAUCAUCGCAUAUAA